AUGGGGACGGCGCGUUCACGACGGCAGGGUGAUGCCCGCUCCUCCGGCCGCAAGAGGGCACCACAUCCGCGCCCCAACGUGUGGGCAGGAAGCCCUCCUGUCUACCCCCGCUCCUUCCCCUUGACGAGCGGCCGUUUCGCCCAAUCCGCGCCUCCCUCUCUUCCCUUCUCCCCGUCACUUCAAUUCUGUUUGGCUACGGUGCUGCGCGACCCGCGGGGCGGAGGGCGGGACGACCCGAGCUCGGAACCAAUACGCUCUGCGCAGGAGGAAAGGGCCCGGGGGCCUCUGGCGGAGCGAGCCCGAGCGCUGCGGGAGGAAGCGGAGCUGCUGCGGAAACAGCACCAGGACGAGGUGGGCGCGCUGCUGCGUGGUGCCCGCGCCGAGCUGCCCACUGAGCCCCCCGCCUCGCUGCGGCCCGGGGUCACCGCAGCGCUGCGCGACCUGCGGGAGCAGCUGGAGGGCACGGCGGCACGCAGCACUCUGCAGGCCGAGGAGUGGUUCCGCGUGAGGCUGGACAAGCUCUCUGAAGUUGCCAAGGUGAACACAGAUGCCAUGCGCGUGGCCCAGGAGGAGAUCUCUGAGUACCGCCGUCAGCUCCAGUCCAAGACCACUGAGCUUGAAGCCCUCAAAGGGACACAGGAGUCACUGGAGAGGCAGAGGCAGGACUCAGAGGAACGCCAUCAUGCAGAUGUCCUCUCCUAUCAGGAAACCAUCCAGCAGCUUGACAAUGAGCUGAGAAACACCAAGUGGGAGAUGGCAGCUCAGCUCCGUGAGUACCAGGAUCUGCUCAACGUCAAAAUGGCCCUGGACAUUGAAAUUGCUGCCUAUAGAAAGCUCUUGGAAGGAGAGGAGUACAGGAUUGAGACUGGCUUUGGAAUGGUCUCCUACCCCGAAGUGGUCCCCAAGGCUCCCAGCAUCGCCGCCAACAUCAAGGUGAAGAGCGAGGAGAAAAUCAAGGUGGUGGAGAAAUCUGAGAAGGAGACGGUGAUUGUGGAGGAGCAGACAGAGGAAAUCCAAGUGACUGAGGAGGUGACUGAGGAGGAGGAGGCUGAGAAGGAAGCUGAAGAGAAAGCUGAAGAAGAGAAGGAAGAGGAGAAAGCUGAACCAGAGGGUGAAAAAGAAGCCAAGUCUCCUGCAAAAGAUGAGGCCAAAUCCCCAGAGAAACCUGAGUCCCCUACAAAGGAGGAGGCCAAGUCCCCAGCAGUCAAGUCCCCUGAAAAGCCCUCAAGCCCCUCAAAGGAGGAGGCCAAGUCCCCAGCAGUCAAGUCCCCUGAAAAGCCCACAAGCCCCUCAAAGGAGGAGGCCAAAUCCCCAGCAGUCAAGUCCCCUGAAAAGCCCACAAGCCCCUCAAAGGAAGAAGCCAAGUCCCCAGCAGUCAAAUCUCCUGAAAAGCCCUCAAGCCCCUCAAAGGAGGGGGCCAAGUCCCCAGCAGUCAAAUCUCCUGAAAAGCCCUCAAGCCCCUCAAAGGAGGGGGCCAAGUCUCCAGCAGUCAAGUCCCCAGAAAAGCCCUCAAGCCCCUCAAAAGAGGAGGCCAAGAGCCCACCUGUCAAGUCCCCAGAGAAACCCACAACCCCAGCAGUCAAGUCCCCCGAAAAGCCCUCAAGCCCCUCAAAAGAGGAGGCCAAGAGCCCUCCUGUCAAGUCCCCAGAGAAACCCACAACCCCAGCUGUCAAAUCCCCAGAAAAACCCCCAAUGCCCUCAAAAGAGGAAGCUAAGAGCCCACCUGUCAAGUCCCCAGAAAAACCUGCAACACCCUUAAAAGAGGAGGCAAAGACUGCGACUGUGAAGUCCCCAGAAAAGCCACCAACCCCUACAAAGGAGGAGAUCAAGCCUCCGUCUGUUAAAUCCCCAGAAAAGCCACCAACUCCCUUGAAGGAGGAGGCCAAGAGCCCAGCUGUCAAGUCCCCAGAGAAACCUGCAACCCCCUCAAAAGAGGAGGCCAAGUCCCCAGCUGUCAAGUCUCCAGAAAAGCCACCGACCCCAUCAAAGGAGGAAGCCAAGACCCCAGCAGUCAAGUCCCCAGAGAAACCCACACCCCCUUCAAAAGAGGAGGCCAAGACCCCAGCUCCCAAAUCCCCAGAGAAACCUGUGUCUCCCUCAAAGGAGGAGACCAAGACCCCAUCUGUAAAGUCCCCAGAAAAAGCCAAAUCUCCACUGAAGGAGGAAGCCAAGUCCCCGCAGAAGGAAGUGGCCCCAGCCAAGGAGCCUGUCCCCUCCCCUCCAAAGGAGCCAAAGGCCCCUGCAAAGGAAGAGCAGCCAAAGGAGGAGAAGGCUCCCCCCAAGCCUGCAGCGGAGGGCAGGAAGGAUGAGGCUCCCAAGAAGGAUGCCCCGGCCAAGGCGGAGGAGAAGCCCAAAGAGAAGGCAGCUGCUGGGCCAGAGCCCCCCCCACAGGUGAAGGAGACCAAGGCUGCCUCCAAACCUGCAGAAGGGAAAGCUGAGAAGGAUGCUCAACCAAAGCCUCAGCAGGAGGCUGGCAAAGCAGCUGUGAAGGAGCCAGAGAAGCCUAAGGCUGAGCAAAAGGUGGAGGAACCAAAGAAAACGGUGGAGGAACCAAAGAAGGUGGAAGACCCCAAAUCAAAACCCAAAGAUGACUCCAAAGCCAGUAAAGAGCCCCCCAAAGCUGAGAAGCCCCCCAGCAAGGAGGGCAAAGCCCCAGAGCCGGCACCCGCUGCGGGAAAGAAAUGAGCAGGGCUCCACUGGAAGCUGGAGCUGCUCCGCUCCCCUCCGAAGGGUGAGACGGGGAUGGUCCCCACCCCGGGUCCCCCCCAGCCAGGCCUUACCUUAGCAAUAUGUUUGUGAGAGACACAGCCCCUCGCUGCCCCACGCCAGUGGUAUGUUCCGAUCGCUUCAGUAGCAGAAUGUGAUGUAUGCAGAGCGCCACAUUUAACACUUGAAUUCUAAUGAGGAAAACAGAUCCCAGGGGAACCGACUGCCCUUCUCCAAUAAGUGCAUUUAUUUAUUGUAUGUGCAAUCGAUGGACAAGUGCAACUCAGAGCUCUAGCUGCUUGGGAUGCGUGCCGUGGGCUGGCUGGCAGAGUCCUUCCCUCGCUGGGGUGACAAGUGGCCCUCUGGGUGGUGACCCCAGCUGUAGCUGGCUUUGGGGGAAGAGGUUAGGCACUGCAGGAAUGCUCACAGAAAUACGAAGUGCACUAGGAAACUCGAGUCCACUGUCAAUUGCUUAUGUGCAAUAACCAAAUAAAGUGCUUACAGAGACACAUGAGCUCUCACUGUCAUUGCUUG